AUGAAGGGUCUCUCUGGUGGCCGUCCCGCCCACCUCCAGCUCACCUCUCCCACCUCUGGCCACACAUGCGGCUUUGUAGAUGUUGACCAUUCCUUUGAGCGUCAUCUCCACCAUGGAGAUUCACGGCCCCCAUCCUACCUCCUCAGCCCCACUGAGAGCUGUCCUAUUGAAGGCCGCCAUCGCUUCUCCCCGAGGAGUUCCAUCCACUCGGAAUGCAUGGGGAUACCAGUGUCCAUGGCAUCUACAGACCACUCUGUCUCAUGUAGCACUUUUCCACGCAUGCAUUACGGAAGCGCUUCACGGGAAGGCGGAGGCAACAGCUCUGGCGGCAGGGACGACAGACGCUCUUCUUCGCAUGGUGGCAGCGGCAAAAUGAACCGGAUCCCAGCAAAUCUGCUCGACCAAUUUGAGAAACAGAUGCCACUUCACCGGGAUGGCUUCCACACAUUGCAGUACCAACGCACAUCCACCACGACAACAACUACUGAGCAACGCAAUGAAAGCCCCGGGAGGAUACGCCACUUAGUUCACUCUGUGCAAAAGCUCUUCACAAAGUCACACUCUUUGGAAGGCUCCUCUAAAAUGAACGGUACCAAAAGCGAUUCGCAUAGAGACGGCUCGCACCAUCACCACCAUCACCAAGGCCACCACAAACACAACAAACGGAGCAAGAGCAAAGAUCGCAAAGGUGACGGAAGCGGCAGGCAACGUUCUGGAGGUUGGUGGAGUUCAGACGACAACCUGGACAGUGACAGUACAUACCGACCAGCGAGUGUCAUGUCACGACACCCCGUGGACCAAAUCGGUCACUGCUACCCUGAUUCAGUGCACAGCCACUUAGCAGGAGAUCUGUCGCUAAAGACAUCCAAAAGUAACAAUGAUGUAAAGUGUUCAGCGUGUGAGAGCAUAGGCAUGGCACCAGAAGGCAAGUUCAUGAAGAGGAGCUCUUGGUCCACGUUAACAGUCAGCCAAGCCAAGGAGGCCUACAGGAAGUCUUCACUUAAUCUAGAGAAACCCAUGACACCAACGGACCUCAAGCCCAACCUCAGGCCGUGUCACUAUCUUCAGGUGCCCCAGGAUGAGUGGGGGGGCUAUCCCGGAGGCGAGAAGGAUGACGAGAUCCCUUGUCGUCGGAUGCGGAGCAGCAGUUACGUCAAAGCUAUGGGGGACGAAGAGAGUGGCGAGUCGGAUUCCAGCCCCAAGACAUCUCCCCAGAAGUCUGUGCGGCCAGACGCACUUGUAAAGGCCAUCAUCAGACCAAGAGAGCUGUUGGACUCUCAAAGCUCUUAUCGCCUGGAUAAAAUCAACAGUGACAUGCGUAACUACAUCACCAAUUUUGCUGCAGACUUAAGUCAGAGCUACCACUUGCAAACAGCCAUGCACCCGAGCAUUGGCCUGGACCCCUCCGCACACUACAACUCCCCCAAGUUUCGAUCGAGAAACCAGAGCUACAUGCGGGCAGUCAGCACCCUCAGUCAGGCCAGCUGUGUUAGCCAAGUCAGCCAGGUGAGCGAAACGGAGAUUAAUGGCCAGUUUGAAUCAGUCUGUGAGUCUGUGUUCAGCGAGGUAGAAUCUCAGGCCAUGGAUGCAUUGGAUUUACCUGGCUGUUUUCGAACCCGGAGCCACAGCUAUCUGCGGGCUAUCCAAGCUGGAUACUCUCAAGAUGAUGAGUGCAUCCCUCCUAUGGCCUCAACUGUCACCUCCACCAUUAGAUCCACCACAGGCAUCCAGUUCUGCCUCCCUUCCAACUUCAGCGGUGUUGACCAGACCCCUCAAUAUCCCCCAGCCAUCACCUACACACCAAGCUACAAGAAGCCCCCUCCACCCGUCCCACCCCGAACGACUUCCAAACCCCUCAUUUCCAUCACAGCCCAAAGCAGCACAGAGUCCACCCAGGAUGCCUACCACGAGGGGCGACACCUCCACGGCGGGAUGUGGGGCCCUGAUGGCCUAACCCUGGGCCUGAGCCCCGGCAGGGCCCUCUAUAACUCAGUCGACAGCCUGGAUAGCGCCAAGGCCGUGACUAUAGCCAUGGAAGCAGCAGGGGUCAUGGCUGGAAAAAGACACCCGUCGACAGACAGCCACAGCUCAGUACUUACAUGUGACAAGGCCAUCCUUGUUUCUAAGGCUGAGGAGUACCUGAAGACACCUCGAUCCUCCAUAGGAAUACAGGUGGAGGCUGCAACAGACUCGGAAUCUGAAAGCAAAGGCUCCAGGGAAUACCAUUCUGUUGGGAUCCAGGUAGAGGAUGACAAGAAAGGACAAGGCCGGUUCAAGCGCUCAAACAGCGUGACUACAGCCGUGCAGGCUGACCUGGAGUUGGAGGGCUUCCCAACCAUGGAGGACAAAGGCCUGCAGUUCGGUGGGGGCUUCCAGCGUCAUUCAGAGCCCAGCACACCCACCCAGUAUGGCGCCGUGCGAACAGUACGCACCCAAGGGCUCUUCAGUUACCGUGAGGACUACCGGACCCCAGCUGAGCCCCCUAGUCCCAGAGAGACCACAAGUGAGCCCACGUGGCAGUUGGAACCCCCCUCCUCUCAAGAGAACGCAGUCACAUCUGGUGAGUCGGGUCGUAGCUCACCUUCUCUAAGGAGAGACGGGAGCUGGUUCAUGCAGCUGCUGCACACCGAGACCAAGAGGAUAGAGAGUUGGUGUAAAGAGAUGGAGGCAGAAGCUGAAGAAAACGACUUGUCAGAGGAGAUCUUGGGGAAAAUCCGAAGUGCUGUAGGGAGCGCUCAGCUGCUAAUGUCACAGAAAUUCCAGCAGUUCUAUUGGCUUUGUCAGCAAAAUCUAGACCCCAGCGCCAUGCCGCGGCCUACCUCACAGGACCUGGCAGGCUUCUGGGACCUGCUACAGCUCUCUGUUGAUGACGUCACCUUGAAAUUUGACCAGUUGCAACAGAUCAAGAGCAACAACUGGAGGCCAGUGGAUAGCCCAGAGAAGAAGCCUCCAGCGCCAUUACCAAAGAAGACAAGUCGACAGAAGAGUCUGGUGACAAGGGAGAAAUCCUUGGACCUCCCUGACAGGCACCGGCAAGAGGCUCGUCAACGUCUCAUGGCAGCCAAGCGGGCGGCCUCCUUUCGGCAGAACUCUGCCUCAGAACGAGCGGACAGCAUCGAGAUCUAUAUUCCCGAGGCACAGACUCGACUUUGA